AUGAAGUUUCUCAGUUUGCGCGGUGUCGCUGUCUUUCUCAGUGCCACAGCUUCCGUCAUGUCAGCGCCUAGGGGUAAAGGUUCUAAACGUGUUACAUUAUAUGUGCCCGACGCCGCCAACAAGAUUGGAUUUAUGUGUGCGCAGAGGCAUGUUUACAGUAAUGAACAAUUGCAAAAAACCGUUCACAUUGCUAAAAUCUUGUCAUGGACAAGAAGGAGUCCGAGUAUCGACUUGGGAUUUAAUUAUCACACCGGUAGAAAAUACUACAUCUACAGACUUUUACCAGGUAAUAAGGUCUAUAACGAGAACUUUGAAAUUCCCGAAAAGACAUUAUUUCACUCCAGAACGUUGGCAAAUUUGAUAAACAUAAUUGAAGAGUCUGAUUAUGUCGUACUCAGCAAGGAAUAUAGAAUUCUAGGGGGCGUAAAUUUUGUCAGACCAAACGUUAUGGGCCAUUUUACUCCUUGUAAAUUUACCAAGCAAAGUUACGCCAUUGAACGGGCGCAAAAAGAGCGUGACCAGGAAGUGGAAUAUCGGAGGAGAGAGAGAUAUCACGACGAUAGGUACGGCAGUAGGUACGGCGAUAGGUACGACGAAAGUCGCUAUGGUGGUCAUCAAUACAUGCGACCGGGUUUUGAUUCUCGAUUUGAUAGUAAUCCUGGAAAAAAUUGGGGACAUGGUAGAUAUGGAUCUGGCCAAUCAUACGGUGGUCACUCAGCAUACGGAGGGAAGAAAAAACCCGGAAAAGGAAAAAAAGAGAAAAAGGAAGGAGAAGAGGAAGAAGAGGAAGAAGAAGAAAAGGAAGAGGAAGAAGAGGAAGAAGAAGAAAAGGAAGAGGAAGAAUAUUCAGAUUUUGAACUUUCCUUAUCAGAUUUUGUUGACAGUGAAUGGACUCCACCUGACGAUUUAAAGGAUGCCUUGAGCUCAAAAAUAUUGGGUGCGGGCUCUAGCUUUGGUGUUUUGAUCGACACUGUCUCAAGUUCCAGCGGCGGUUCGAGCUCCGGCUUCCAUUUAAGCAGUUUAUUAGAGAGCAGCUCUAUCACAGAUUUAUCUUCAAGCUACGAAAGCUCGUCGUAUUCAAGUUAUUCGGCACCAGCAGCCUCUUACAGUGGUGGUGGUGAUUAUGGUGGUGGCGGUGGUGGCGGUGAUAAUUCAUCUGACUCUGAAUCAUGUUCGAUAAUGUAA